AGAGUAUCCGUGCAUACUUUUCAAAGUAUGGUGAAUUAUCUGAUUGCGUUUUGAUGCAUGAUCGUGUGAAUGGUCGGAGUAGAGGUUUUGGAUUUGUCCGAUACAAGGAUGCCAGCAUCGUUGACAAAGUCCUCGCAGAUGGUCCUCAUAUUUUAGAUGGAAAGAAGAUUGAUCCAAAACCAUGUACACCAAGGAGUCAAAGCAAACGGGCAUCUAGUGCAAUUCACAACAAAGUGUUUGUUGGAGGCUUAUCAAAUGAUACAACUGAGGCAGACCUCCACUCUAUCUUUUCCACAUACGGAUCUGUUAUUGAAGUUGUGAUUAUGACCGAUCAACAGACAAAAAGGUCAAGAGGCUUUGGAUUUGUUACCUUUGACAACGAAGACACAGUGAACCGCUUGGAUUCAGUCCAUUUUUUGGAGAUAAAGGGGAAAAGGGUGGAAGUGAAGAAAGCUCAGCCACGGUUCCACGGGGGAGACAAACCAGAUGGUGGCAGUCAUCACAUGGGAGGUGGAGGAGGAGCAAUGCGCCAUCAGGGAGGAUUUAAUCAACCCAACAUGUGGAACCAGAACCCUGGUCCCCAAGGAUUCAACCAAAACCAGAACUUUGGCGGUUACGGUGGUCAGCAACAAGGUGGAGGAUGGUCACAGCCUCCCCAGCAGCAACAAGGUCAAUGGGGUCAGCCUUCCAUGAAUAGUUAUGGUCAGCAGAACUAUGGCGGGCCACCACCUGGUCAGGGUGGACCCGGUGGCCCACAUGGAGGUGGAGGUCAACCAGGUGGUAAUUACGGAGGUGGCUACAACAACUCUACGCCGCCCAACUACAUGAACCAGCAAACCCAGGGGCGUCAGUAUCCUAUGCAAGGGGGACAAUUUGGUCAGUCCCCCCAGACUCAACAACCCAACUAUGACUUGUCGCCACCGAUGAAAAACCUAAGAGGAUUGCAUUCCGAGGCUCAAAGGGAGUUAGGACAACCCCAGCAACAGUACAACACAUAUGGUGGGAACUAUGGGGCUCAACCAAGCAAUGACAUGUACGGAAAUCAGAACCCAGCAGGCUACGGCAACCCUCAGACAUACGGCUCUCCAGCCCCACAGAAGGAUACCCCAACACCAACUGGUGAUUUCAACAACUACCAAAAUCCCACCAAUCCACCUUAUGGUUCCAUGGGCAACUAUGCUCAAGAAGCUUCUGGUUAUGGGCCACAACGUGUCAACUACAACCAACAUGGUAACUUCAACCAACCACCAGCUGCUGGCGGAGGACCACCAGGCAAUUACGGCCAAGAUAUGAGUAAUAAUUACCAAGCCGGCCCACCACAAGGCGGUCAAGGUGGCGGAUACAGCGGCCCACCUGAUGGUCAGGAAUUGUACAACCCAGGACAACCAUCAGGAGGAUUUGGUCGCCCAGCAGCAGCAGCCGUGCAACAAUUUCACCCAUACAAGCGAUAAUUUACAGUAAUUUUUAUCUUGGAAACUAAUAAUUGUUAGUAGUGAGAAUAAUAAUCUGUAACAGUGAUAAACACAAUAUUUAGUAGAUAGAUGUUAUCUAAUUUGGUUAAGGAAAAUAAGGAUUAUCAUGUUUAAAAGUCCUACUAACAUUCCUGUGGUCACACCUGCCUCAAAUCAACCUUUGUAUUUGAUUCAAACACCUUAGAAGUAGUGUUUUUGUAAAAAAAUUGUCAGGGAAAAGGAGAUAAAAUAAUGUGCAAGCAAGAUAUUUUAAUUGUAUUUUGAUCAUGUUCAAUUGGUAUCAUACACCUUUUAAAUUCUUUUCAGCAGUGUGUUGCGUUUUUAUUUUUUAAAUGUUCCAUCCUGGCGAUAAUUUUACAUACUUAAUGGACUUUCUUCAGCUUUCUCAUUUUUUAUAUCCAUGUACAUUUGUAACAGUCCUGUAAAAUUUCAAGUUGUUUGAUGCCUUUUGAGGAUCAGCUUGUUUAAGCGUAUUCGUGUUUCGAUCUCAAGAGUUUUAAGCGCUUCUUUCUAACUGAGGUCAAACGCGAGAAUACCACUCUUGAUGUCUUAUUGAAAAUAAAGUUUUGGAUUCAAUGAAAA